CUGCCCCGCCGGCAGCGCCGCCUCUGCCCGGCGCGAGAGGGCCGGGAGUUGCCGGCUGCAGGCGCCACCAUGGCUGCCAUAUUGGGGAGGAAGUGAGAACGGGAGGCGGCGGCGGCGGCCAGGAAGGAGCCCUUCCCUUUUCCCUUCUGCUUGAGCGGACGCAGGGCUUCCCGGUCAGCGGCGGCAACGGCGGCUUGCGAGACCUCCCGGAGCGGGCGGUGUAGAGGCAGCGGCAGGUGGCGGCGGAGCUGAGCGCCCCGGAGGCGGCUUUGGCCUAAGAUGGCGGACCCGGCGGAGUGUAACAUCAAAGUGAUGUGUCGCUUCAGGCCCCUCAACGAGUCCGAAGUGACCCGCGGCGACAAGUACAUCGCUAAGUUUCAGGGCGACGACACCGUCGUCAUCGCGUCCAAGCCAUAUAUAUUUGACCGUGUAUUCCAGUCGAACACAUCACAGGAACAAGUAUACAAUGACUGUGCUAAAAAGAUUGUCAAAGAUGUACUCGAGGGAUACAACGGUACAAUAUUUGCUUAUGGGCAAACAUCGUCUGGGAAGACACACACUAUGGAAGGGAAGCUUCAUGACCCAGAUGGAAUGGGUAUUAUUCCAAGAAUAGUGCAAGAUAUUUUUAAUUAUAUUUACUCUAUGGAUGAGAACCUUGAGUUUCAUAUUAAGGUGUCAUAUUUUGAAAUAUACUUGGAUAAAAUAAGGGACCUUUUGGAUGUUUCUAAGACCAAUCUUUCUGUUCAUGAGGACAAAAAUAGAGUUCCCUAUGUAAAGGGUUGCACAGAGCGUUUUGUAUGUAGUCCAGAAGAGGUUAUGGAUACUAUAGAUGAAGGAAAAUCAAACCGACAUGUAGCAGUUACAAAUAUGAAUGAACACAGCUCCCGAAGCCAUAGUAUUUUUCUUAUUAAUGUAAAACAAGAGAAUACUCAAACAGAACAGAAACUAAGUGGAAAACUUUACCUUGUGGACUUGGCAGGUAGUGAAAAGGUUAGUAAAACUGGAGCAGAAGGUGCUGUGCUGGAUGAGGCCAAGAACAUCAACAAGUCUUUGUCUGCUCUUGGAAAUGUCAUCUCAGCAUUGGCUGAAAGCAGUACUUAUGUUCCAUAUCGUGAUAGCAAAAUGACCAGAAUCCUUCAAGAUUCACUAGGGGGUAAUUGCAGAACUACCAUUGUUAUUUGCUGUUCUCCAUCUUCAUACAACGAAUCUGAAACUAAAUCUACUCUUCUCUUCGGCCAAAGAGCAAAGACCAUUAAGAACACAGUCUGUGUCAACGUGGAGCUCACUGCAGAGCAGUGGAAGAAAAAGUAUGAGAAGGAAAAGGAGAAAAACAAGACUCUGCGUAACACCAUUCAGUGGCUAGAAAAUGAACUCAACAGGUGGCGGAAUGGGGAGACUGUACCAGUUGAUGAACAGUUUGACAAGGAGAAGGCCAACUUAGAAGCUUUUGCAGUGGACAAGGAUAUUACUGUUAUUAAUGAUAAACCAGCUACCACAAUUGGAGUAACUGGUAAUUUCACUGAUGCUGAGAGAAGAAAAUGUGAGGAAGAAAUUGCCAAACUAUACAAACAACUGGAUGACAAGGAUGAAGAAAUUAAUCAACAGAGCCAGCUAGUAGAAAAACUGAAAACACAAAUGUUGGAUCAGGAAGAGCUUCUAGCAUCGACCAGACGGGACCAAGACAACCUGCAAGCAGAGCUGAAUCGCCUUCAGGCUGAAAAUGAUGCCUCUAAAGAGGAAGUGAAAGAGGUGCUACAAGCCCUUGAAGAAUUAGCUGUCAAUUAUGAUCAGAAGUCUCAGGAAGUAGAAGAUAAGGCCAAGGAGUAUGAACUGCUUAGUGAUGAACUCAAUCAAAAAUCGGUCACUCUGGCCAGUAUAGAUGCAGAGCUUCAGAAACUUAAAGAAAUGACAAACCAUCAGAAGAAGCGAGCAACAGAGAUGAUGGCUUCCCUACUUAAAGAUCUUGCAGAGAUUGGAAUUGCCGUGGGAAAUAAUGAUGUCAAGCAGCCUGAGGGAACUGGCAUGAUAGAUGAAGAAUUCACAGUUGCAAGACUGUACAUUAGUAAGAUGAAAUCAGAAGUAAAGACAAUGGUGAAGCGUUGCAAACAGUUAGAAGGCACACAAGCUGAGAGCAAUAAGAAGAUGGAAGAAAAUGAAAAGGAGUUGGCUGCCUGCCAGCUCCGUAUCUCACAGCAUGAAGCCAAGAUUAAGUCAUUGACUGAGUAUCUUCAGAAUGUGGAACAGAAAAAGAGACAACUGGAGGAGUCCGUGGAUUCCCUUAAUGAAGAAUUAGUUCAGCUACGAGCACAGGAAAAAGUCCAUGAGAUGGAAAAAGAGCACUUGAACAAGGUUCAAACUGCAAAUGAAGUCAAGCAAGCUGUGGAACAACAGAUUCAGAGCCAUCGUGAGACGCAUCAGAAACAAAUCAGUAGCCUAAGAGAUGAAGUCGAUGCGAAGGAGAAGCUUAUCACUGAACUUCAAGACCAAAACCAGAAGAUGAUGCUUGAACAGGAACGUCUUAGAGUUGAGCAUGAGAAAUUGAAAGCAACUGAUCAAGAGAAAAGUAGAAAACUGCACGAGCUGACGGUUAUGCAGGACAGACGGGAACAAGCAAGACAAGAUUUAAAGGGUUUGGAAGAGACUGUGGCAAAAGAGCUUCAGACUCUUCACAAUCUUCGCAAGCUGUUUGUUCAAGAUCUGGCUACUAGAGUGAAAAAGAGUGCCGAGAUUGACUCUGAUGACACAGGAGGCAGUGCUGCACAAAAACAAAAGAUUUCCUUCCUUGAGAAUAAUCUUGAACAACUUACAAAGGUUCACAAGCAGCUGGUACGGGAUAACGCCGAUCUUCGCUGUGAACUUCCUAAACUAGAGAAGCGACUUAGAGCUACAGCUGAGAGAGUUAAAGCUUUGGAGUCUGCUCUGAAGGAAGCUAAAGAGAAUGCUUCUCGUGAUCGCAAGCGGUAUCAGCAAGAGGUAGAUCGCAUAAAGGAAGCUGUAAGAUCUAAGAACAUGGCCAGAAGAGGACAUUCUGCACAAAUUGCUAAGCCUAUCCGUCCUGGCCAGCACCCAGCAGCUUCUCCAACUCAUCCAAGUGCAAUUCGCGGCGGAGGCGCGUUCACUCAAAACAGCCAGCCAGUUGCUGUGCGCGGAGGUGGAGGACGGCAAGACAAAGUUUGCUGAAAAGUAAACGCAGCGUGAAGAGGAUUGGAUAUCAUGUAGAGAGAGUCAUUCCAUGACAAUAAUCUCUCCCUUUGGGGAACUGUAGGAUUAUUUUUUUGAAAAUGUAUAAAUUAUACCUGGCCUGUACAGCUCUUUCCCCUUCCACAAAUUCUGCUAACUGAUUCCCCCAAAAAACCCCACAAACAACCAACAAAACUAGAGUGCAAUUUUGGCGUCUCAAAAAAUGACACUUCCUUAAAGUGUAGCUCUGCUCAUUACACAGUUUGUCUUUCAUGUCUUAAAUUUAGUCUGCACUGUGCCAAGCUGAAUGUACCUGGAAAAAAAUCUUAGUUCCAACUUUCUAGCUUAAUUUGUGUACAUCUUACUGUCUUAGGGAAUGUGCAACAGUGUUUUAAGUACACUUUCAUUUUGAUCACUUCACCUAACACUACAUGUCCCACGGAAUUAGAAUGGCACUCUACGUUACAGUUUCCUUUGGAAUGCUGCAUAGAGCACUGAAACUAAAUUUCUUUGUACAGUGUAAGAUUACUGAAGUGUGCUUAUGGCAGCUGCCGUGAGGCACUGCGACAGCUACACCACAGAGCUGAAGAGUUCGAUCUGAACAAGGCUGUGUAACUGUUAUCUGAUUAAAUGCCCCUUUAUCGGGCAGGGUAGAAUUAAAUAUUGUACAGUAAUAAGAGUAAACCUAAGUUUACAAAAAAAAAAAAGAAGAAAAAAGACAAAAAAAAAAAAAAUAGACUUUGGCAGUGGAUGAUCCCAUCUGUCCUGUUCCUGAUUUUUACACACAGUACAGUCUGGUGGAGUGAAAACAUUCUGCUUCAUUCUGAUGAGCCUGUCUAUCCAUUUGUCUGUAGCUGUGACGGUUCACUUUUUGCUGUUUUAUAAUAGUGGAACGAGUGCAACCUCGAAUUUAACUUGAUAUUCCCCAACAUCUACAGAACUGGAAUUGUUGGCUAAAAUUGUAAUUUUUCAAUU